CAGUGAGGGAUGUGGUGCGAGACAGAUCAUUCUGAGACCUGCAGCCUCAGCACCAACACACACAGGAGAAUGUCCCCCGGAAUCUCACUGCCCCUCAUCCUGGCUGUCCUGCUUGUCAGCGGAGAAUCUCCCGGUGACCAGAGAGAGAUCAUCAUCGCCCGUCUUGGAUCCAGCGUCACCCUCCGCAUAAGACACGCAGUGACUGUACAUCAUCAGGGGCCACGGAAAUGUGAUGUGUUUCACUGGAGAUACAGAGAUGUAACAGCGCAGCUUGAGUCCAAUACAUCAGUACGACUGGCUGACAGUAUUCGUUGUACACUGAAUAUAAAUGAUACAGGACUAUUUUAUAACUAUAAUGUAUCUGAGGAUGGGAAUCUGACCCUAUAUAAUGUCACCAGGGAGAAUGCUGGAGAUUAUACAGCUACUGUCACCAGGCGACCAACGGGAGCAACUAUAAUAACAGCUAAUUACACACUGCAUGUACAGGUUCCCCUGUCUCAGGCAGCCGUCAACGUCUCCUGUCUCCCGGAUGGCAGUGCUGUGGCCUCCUGCUGGGUGGAUGAAGGGUUGGGUACUGAUUAUUCCUGGAGCCUGGAUGGAAGAUCUGUACAGAGAACGUCCAUCUCCGGAUACAGCCAGAUAUCUCUCCCCCCUCCUGUCUCCGGGACUCUCAGGUGUAACGUGAGGAAUAACGUCAGUGAUGUCAGCAAAUCCAUUGUAAUCUCCUGCUCAGUACGAAAGAGAGCCAGCACAGCCAGGACACAAACCACACUGCCAAGAGAUGCGGUUGCUCGCGAUGCGGGAACUUCAUCAUCGCACCAUACUCCACUAAGACGACAUUCUCAGGGGUCUGCCAGUCUCCAGAAGAUGGGUAGCAAGAGACGCCGUCUUGAGGCGGUAACUGCCCCCACAUCCUCACCACCACAACGGCGCAUCUCCACUGUGUUGGCUCAGCCACCAAAAGCCAUUUUGGCCAGUCCACAAACCGAGGAACCACAAUCCCCUCAGCUGUCUGAUCCAGACAUCAUGCCCCAGGAUACCCAGCAGGAAACUGACUUGCAGCAAACGUUCACACUCCACCUGCAAGCAAUUGAUAAUAACCAGCCAACCACGCCGGCUGACAUAUCUCCACCAGCCCAAACAACACCCACCCACCAAUUGAGCCCAACACCGCCCCAGCCACAAAUAGGACCAGAGUUUUGGUCCAGUUGGGCCACACAACAGGCACAAAACUAUGCCUGUCUCUACACACACAGCCAAUAUCUUGCCAGUCUGCCCCAUCAUCUACCUAGACUCAGUAGAAACUCAGGCAGACUGAUUGUGCAACUUGGCAGAGUGGCCAAUACCAUGGAGCAGAUGAGAGCAGACAACAGCCAACUGAUAGCAUGUUUUCAGCGCAUAAUGGACGAACAACACCGCCAUCAACAAGCCCUCAUUCAAGUCAUUCAGAACAAUCAGUUAAUCACCGAAAGCCUGUCCAGGAUCAUCUCCAACAACACAGCCGCAACCACACAACUCACAGCAAGCCUCAACAACCUGAGCCAAAACAUAAAUGUGUUGGCAGCCCAGCAACAAGGCUCAAGCUCAGGGACAACCACACCUAGCCAGACCCCAGUAACCUCCCCAGUUAGACGAUCCAGCAGAACACGGCCCAAUGUGCCAUCACAAUCCUCUGCAGCCAGCAAAAAAAAAAUCUAAGAAAUGAGCAAUCCUGCAACAAAAUAUACAGUAUUUUCAAAGAAAUAUAAAGAUUAAAGAAUUGCGGCCAACCGAAUUCAAGUGUUU